CCAAACGGAUCCGGGAUUUUGUCCAUGAAGGUUGCUGUCGCUGAAGCUGCGUACGUAUCCUCCACUUGACUCUUCUCAAUUGUGGGGGGAGGAGCUAUCGUGUUUACUUCAAAAUUAUUAUUUUUUACCAAGUAUUAAAAGGGAAGCAGGGUGAAAGCAUAAAGUGCUUGCGUCUCAUUGGGAGCAGUUUUUGUCACUUUACGUACAUUGUGUCACACGAGGACAUUGAAUCACAUUCCAGUACAUUAAGUACGUCUCUGCUGUGAAAUUAAUAUUGAAUAUUGGGUUUAUGUACUGGGAAUUUGUUUUCACAAUACCGUGGAAGUAUUUAUUAUCAACAACAUAGUAGUAACAUACAGUGCACAUUUGAUACGCGAAGUAGGAAGUGUUGUUUUGCACAGCUCUCUUCUGUUUACUUACUUCGAGCAGGGUAGAAAUUCUCCGGGUUUUUCUCCGUCGUUCUUGUUAUCAAAAGAAGACGGCCACGAACACACUGUUCACUUGACUAUGUGACGUGAGACUCGUCGCCGAGCCUGUGGGGUCACACGUAAGUCUCUCGCUGUCCGAUUCAAUAAGACAAUAAUAACUACCCAGGCUGGGGACAUAUAUCUCGCCUUGGUUUAGACCUGUCAUCAUCAAUAAUAUAAGCAGUUCGUCCCCUGUUGUUGUUUGCAUCUCGUCUUUCGGAUUGACAGUUAAUAAACAAGAACUGGCACAAUAACAACCAUCACAUUUGGUUGGCACACGUUGUAUGCAAGUAGUUUCCUCAAAACCGAAAGUUUCAUCAAAACGUUGUCAACCACGGAUCGUCCGAAGAAUAACGUCGAGUCUACACCUUCUUCACACUUCGUCAAUUUCCACGAGAGGAGAAGACCAAAAAAAAUGUUGCACCAGAUUCGAUUCAAGUUUAAAUCAUUUUCUUUGUUUUCCGGCAGCAGCUUUCUCGUUCUUCCAAUUCUUGUAACGUGAGCCCCGUCUCGUUGAUUCUCAGGUCAUUUUGGUUUGGUAAAUUGGGAACACAUAGAUAAUCAGAAUAUACACACAAUAAUAUACCCACUGCAUAUGCAAAUUACAUAAUACAAACAAUUGUACGAAUGCAACGUGAGAGAGGAGUGUGAGUGUACGAGUGAGGCAGCACGAACGCACAAUAGCUGUGCAAAUUCUUGACUAUUCUGCCAAAAACGUAUACAUACACAAGACGCCAAAUACAUUAUUAAGUAUGUGCAUUUGUCUCUGUUGAACUAAAUUAAUUAGGUGUUGGGAAUUGGUCCUAGAACUGGUAUCCAAUCCAACGCCGUACAUUAGUGUGAGUGCAUGAAACUGAGUUAUAAGUUAUAAACUUAUUACAUCACCACAUUCCAUAGACAGGAUUUGACAGGAAGGACGCCCAGCCAGCACAGUCAUCCAUCAUCACAUCGUUUUUAGAUUCAAUUUGUGCAGUGAUGGAGCCGGCCGGUUGUUGGUUUUAUGUUCCGGUUUAUUAGGUUAACUGUCUCUUCUUCUCUGACUCUCUUGGCUUCUUCUUCUGCCUGGAGUGACCAAGGAAAGUGCGACGCAGUUUGUGACCAAUAAUAUCAUUCCAUGUUGUGAGAGGUAUAAUAAUAUCACAUUACUACUUCAACAGGCAGUAGUAUUCAGUGUAUUAGCUCGUAGCUUAUAAAUGAAAUUAAAUAGACGGGGUGGAUGUGGAUUGACAGAUUCUUGUAGCCCCCGGAUCUCACAGAAUCCUGACUCGGUGCCAGACAUUGGGAAAAGCAGUGGCUGUUAUGUUAUGUUGCUCUGCUCGCUGGCAUUUCACAGUAGCAUAGUGAUUUUUGCAGAUUUUGGUGGUUUGUGUGUCUGACUCUAAAAGCUUUGACUUUUCACAAUAUUUUGCACUCCUCCAACCAUCCAUCCAUCCAUUAUAUAUUGUGCAAAAUGCGUGUGCUGCGAGAAAUACAGGGAAGAAGGUGACCUUCAAUUUGACGAACAGAAGAACAACAACACACCAAAAUACAACAGCAGCCUACUGAUGGUGGCAUAUAUGUGUUUUUGUAUUGCUAUGUAAGUACGGCGACAUUUAUUAUUGAGCUAAAUAAUACAGACCCUGUAGACUUGGUGUGGUUUAGCAUAUUUAUUUAAUCUAUCGUCCGCCCCGUUGAUUUGAUACCAGCCAAAAUCAAGAAGAAAAGGGGGUUGAUUAUAAUUCAGUGUGCAUGGGAAAGUGUCUUUCAAUGGUCACUUGUCUGUCGGGCUCGGGAUAGUGAGCAGUGUAUUUACGAUAUAAGAGGACACAUUUUUUGAAGCUUUCGAUUAGUUUAAUGACUGACACUGCUGACAGGCAGAAGGAAUUACUCGGAAAACAAACAACAGAAAACUACCACGACCAACACAAUCCACGUGCCAAUAAAUGCCAACAAACUGUUUAUGUGGUGACGUGCUGUGAAUUGUUGCAUAACAGACUUCUUCCUUGUACAUUGAAUCAAGUGCUUACUUUGUAGAAGUAAAAUAAUUAAAUUGCAAAACUGCCCUCGCAAAUGAGGCUUUAAUGUCGUCAAGUCGGUCAAGUGUUUAUUCCGUUCAGUGUGAGCUUGUUCUGUAGGCAGGUUCAGACUUUCACCGUUCUUCCGGUUUUCGGCUUUCCUCUUCUCACAGACACUGUCCCCAACUACAAAUAUUGUCGUUACAGAGGGACGGAACCAGAAGAGAUAAAAGUGGUACUAUUAUUUUUCGUUUGUCGAAAUCUGCAUCCAUCCCCUGCGUUGGGAUGAGAUGAAAUAGGUGUAAAAUAUGCCCAAAGCUGAGAAUGUUUCCUCACCUUCGGAGGCACCGUCCCCCACCUCAGCCACGCUACACUUUUUCCUCAAUUCCUACAACCCAUUUUCUUCUGGGAUGAGUUCAGCGCCUGGAAGUCGACGUAGUUCUAAAUCUAACAAUGGAGCAGAUACUUCCGCCAGCAGUGCAGUGAGCAGUCGGAGAGAAAGUCGAGACUCUGCCGGAUCAACUUCCACUUCUGCGAGUCGUCGUGAAUCACUUGAAAUCUCGUCGACGUAUAAUAAAGUACAAAGUCGGAGGGAAUCUCUCGAGUACGAGACAAAUGCUGUUAAACAAUCACUGGACAAUAGUAAUGGUACUGGGCCUAUCACCCCUCAGAGGCCGAGUUCUUCUUCCGGAAGCACCGACAACGACAUCACCGCCCACAGUCAUAAAAAAUGUCACAAACCCAAGUCCAACAUUUUGAAGCACUUUAUGAACAAAUGGAGCAGUCCGAAAAAGAGCGGAGGUCAACAUAAGGACAACAGCAAUUCAGGAGAUCAAUUCAUAGCAACCCCACCACCUCCUCCUCCCCAUGCCCAUCACAAUCAGAGCAAAGUCACGCCCAUCAUACCCAUAAUCAUUCAAAGGUCUGGUUUGGACACGAGCACAUACUACUACCCACCAAAGUCAGUUCCUCGAAAUUGUGGCAGGCAGACGAGCGUCUUAUCCACAUCUGCUCCAAACCAAGCCAUGGGAAAAUCAUCCCCAUCCUCACAUCACAGCAGUUGCGCUAGUAAGGGUCACCACACUAAAGAUUCUCUCAAGGCGGAAUCGGGUGACGGUGACCUGAAAGAUGUUUCCGGCUCGGGGUCAUUUUCUGGCUCUUGCUCUUCUGUAUCAUCAUCCGCCUCGGUGAGUGUGGAGUCGGAGGACGAUGGGGAUGAGGCGGAGAAGAUUGAGUCGCCAUCCCCUCUUCAUCAGUAUCCUCCCGACCGGGGGUCGUCCUCCACGUACUACUCGUACUAUCCAGAGUUUCGGGCAGGCUACCCGGCGGAUCGGAGUCGAGCUCGAAGCCGGUCCUUGGACAUUCCUGCAGGACCUCGACGGUUUUCGCUGCAUUCACAUCGGCCAUCCGACGUACAACUUGAUCCUGCUCAUGCAGCCAUACUCUUUCGCGACUCAAGAGGGCUCCCCAAAGCCGACCCUUUCUUGGAACGAGUCAUUCUCAGAGAGGAGGAUGAGAACGAGAUAUUGGUCAAGUUCUUCAAGUUCCACAAAUGUUACGACCUUAUUCCCACGUCGGCCAAGCUGGUCGUGUUCGAUACACAGCUACUCGUGAAGAAAGCCUUCUUUGCCCUCGUUUACAAUGGCGUUCGAGCAGCUCCUCUCUGGGACAGCUCUGGUCGAGAAUUUGUGGGGAUGCUUACCAUCACAGAUUUCAUCCGCGUACUCCACGCAAUGUAUCAUGAUUCCGCGGGGAAAAUGUCAGAGUUGGAGGAGCACAGGGUGGAGACGUGGCGAAGCAGAUUUCUUCAAGACAAACAUCCACUCAUCUUCAUUGACCCUGACGCCUCCCUUUACGAUGCCAUCUGUUCUCUUGUCAACAACAGAAUUCACAGACUGCCAGUGAUUGAUGCUCAGACGGGGAAUGUCCUCCAUAUCCUGACCCAUAAGCGCAUUCUAAAAUUCCUCUUUCUCUACAUACGGGAAAUUCCAAUACCAACUUUUAUGAAUAAGCCUCUUCGUGAGGUGAAGAUUGGUACGUUUGAAGGGGUGGAAACUGCUCGAGAGGACACUCCGAUUAUUCAAGCACUUCAAAAAUUUUUGGAAAAACGCGUCUCUGCGCUCCCCAUUGUGGACGAUGAUAAUAAACUUAUCGACAUUUAUGCAAGGUUUGAUGUUAUCAACUUGGCAGCAGAGAAGACUUACAAUAAUCUCGAUAUCACGCUUAAGCAGGCGAAUGAGCAUAGGAACGAGUGGUUCGAAGGGGUACACAAAUGCAACAUGGAUGAGACACUCUUUGCCAUUAUGGAGAAAAUUAUGAAGGCAGAAGUACAUCGUUUGGUGGUUGUAGAUGAACAGGACAAGGUCAUCGGAAUUAUCAGCCUUUCAGAUAUCUUGCAGUACUUGGUGAUGCGGCCCGAGUUAAAAGAAGUGACCAUGGCGGAUAUUGAAGCCGUGAUGAGUCCUCAAACCCCCGACGAGACAUCACAGCAACAAUCACUUUCCACAUCAGCCGAUGGAAAUUCUCCUGUGGGGGGAAAAAGGUCUGGAACUCCUGAAGUGAUCCAACCCUUCCAACACAAGUUUGAAGUAAUGAAACUCGACGAAGAAGAAUUGCUCCAUCCGAAUCAUACCGACAAUUCGAUUGAGAAGGAUGUCCGAGAAAAUCACACCAUCAUCGAAGAAGAGGAUGAGCGAGACAGCAAAACCUGACGCGAUGGCCAUUCAUGAACAAUUUUUUAUUAUUAUUUUGAAUUUAUCUAAAGGCCAUCAUCAUCAUACAUUGACGUAUUUGUAGUUGUAGUAGCCGCAACAACCGCAGCAGAUCUGUUUUUCCUAUUUUGUUAGCCACGGACUGAUUUUGUUUUGUGUGAGCCGUGAGGCCUGUAGUACUUAUCAAUCAAUCAUAUUAUUUAACCAGCUAGCCAAUAUUUUUAAAUUAUUGCAUCAUGUAAAAAGUGCUCGAGGAAGUAUAGGAUGAGCAUGAGUUCCAAGUCGGCGAACUUUUGAUAGGCUCUUAUGUUACCAAAUUCAUCUGACUGUAUUUGACGUAUGUAUGCAAAAAGAUUAUUGUUUAUUGCCAUAACAUGAUACAAUUAUCUACAUACGAACCAUUCAUUUAUGUAAUUCGUACACUUGUUGGUACUCGUUGCUAAAUUAAAACGGCCUUAACUAGAUAACAAUUUGUAGCAAAAGUAUGACGAGAUUGAAAUAUCAAUGCAAAAUACUUUCAUCAGGCUCAUCUCUUUCUACUGACAAUUCUUCCCGUUAAAUCAUUUAGUUAAAUUUGAUUGCUCAUUCGUGUUGUACUAGUGUCAGGAUUAGUCCUUUAAGUAUUCACAAAGUAAAUGUCAUGCACAGAUAACAAAUGUCGGUACUAAAUUUGGACGUGCGAUUAUCAAUGUCAAACCCAUUUCAUCAUUUUUUUUGCGCGUGUCGUCCUAACAAAAAAGAUAAUCUUACAAUAUGAGUGAAAUGGAAAUGGAGGUACAAAAAAUAUUUUAGAAACUGAACAGAAAUUCUUGAAUAAGGUUCUUCCAAACCUGAAGCAACUAAACUACAUAGUGCUUUUUCUUCUGGAAUUAAUUAUAAUUAUAUAUAUAUAUAUAUCCGCUAUAACUACUAUACAUAGAUUGUGGUUUAUGCAAAAAGGCGUAGUUUUUACUCAUUUUUAGUCAUUUUGCGAAUCAAAUCACUAUAAAUUAGGAGAAACUUAUUACUACUCCAACGUACCUAAUCAAUACAGAACGAAAUAGUAGACAUAUACUACAUAUGUAUUUAUUAUUAUUACUGCGGAUAAAAGAAAGUGACUACGACACGUUCGGCAUGAAACAAUUAGAACCUCGUCUUUGACUCUAUCUGCAUAGUUCAAGGAAUUGUUGUAUGCCAAAACACAAAAUUUUUAUGUAAUUUUCGUCUCAGAAGUUGCUAAUUUUGUUGUUCCGAUGAAGAGAUCGUGUAAUUAUUUUAUUCUACUCAAGGGUCCUCUAUUUUCUACCUGAAUCCAAAUCAUCAAUUACAUAUAUUACUUUAAUAUAUGUACAUACAUAUAUCUCGCACUGGUUUAUUAUUGACCAGACUACUAGAAUUUGUCUGGUCGCAAAAUUUUGGAUCGCUUUUGGUCAUGUCAACAGAGGCAAAUGUACAUACACCUAUACACCGACAGACAAGUAUGUCGCAGUCUUAGCACAAUGUUCACCCCUCCCCCAAAAUGCUUAUUUUUUAGAAAAACGUCGUCUAAUUAAUGAUUAUUCUUGAUUAUUAUUAAAAGCGUAAAGUAUAUAGACGAACAAAGGACGAUUGUUGACUGGAUCGACUGAAACGUGAUUAACAAUUUUUCUGAGGAAUUUAUAAAUAUAUUUGUAUUACGCUGUAUAUGGAUAGACCGGAUUGUUGCGCAAUUUUAUGUUGUAUAUCAUCAUCGUCCUAAAGUUAAUAAGUAAUGUGAGUGUGCGUACGUCAAUUUUUUUUGGUGCACCAAAUUGUUGUGGUACCUUAUUUAUACUAGUAGGCGGGUGAAGAUGAAGGAAAAUAAAAUGAAUAUAUAUAUACAUCAAAA